UUAGUUUCCAAAUCUGCAAGAAGACAGAAGGCUCUUUGCAGCUGCAGGUUGUGUCUGGUCGCCCUUAGUUUCGGUCUGCUGGAUUUUUCCCACGUAUUGAACCACCAGUCCUGGUCAUGAAGCUCAUGGGCUCUGUCUUCCUUCUGGCCCUUGCCCCAUUGACACUGGCUCUAGAAAAUGGACUCAUGAGAACACCUCCAAUGGGAUGGCUUGCAUGGGAGCGGUUUCGUUGUAAUACGGAUUGUAAAUCAGAUCCCCAUAACUGCAUUAGUGAGAAGCUCUUCAUGGACAUGGCAGAUCGCUUGGCAACAGAUGGCUGGAGGGAGCUGGGCUAUGUAUAUGUGAAUAUAGAUGACUGCUGGACAGCAAAGGAGCGGGAUGCCACAGGUCACCUUGUUCCAGAUCCUGAGAGGUUCCCAAGUGGAAUCAAAGCCUUGGCAGAUUAUGUGCAUGCACGUGGGCUGAAGCUUGGUAUUUAUGCUGACAUAGGCAGCUACACCUGUGCAGGGUAUCCUGGCACGACAUUGGACCGGAUUGAACAAGAUGCUUUAACAUUUGCACAAUGGGGAGUGGACAUGCUAAAAUUUGAUGGCUGCUACUCAUCUGGAGCUAUGCAGGCCGAAGGUUAUCCUAAAAUGUCCAAGGCUCUGAAUGCAACAGGCCGUCCUAUUGCCUAUUCCUGUAGUUGGCCAGCCUAUCAAGGGGGACUUCCACCUCAGGUGAACUACACUCUCCUGGCAAACAUAUGUAAUCUCUGGCGAAAUUAUGGCGACAUACAAGACUCUUGGGACAGUGUCCUCUCCAUUGUGGAAUGGUUCUCAGUCAAUCAGGAUGUCCUUCAGCCAGUAGCUGGACCUGGUCAUUGGAAUGAUCCGGACAUGCUCAUCAUUGGAAACUUUGGCCUGAGCUGCGAACAGUCACGGUCUCAGAUGGCUUUAUGGACCAUAAUGGCUGCUCCCCUGUUCAUGUCCACUGACCUCCGUGUCAUCUCUGAUAGUGCCAAGGAGAUUCUGCAGAACAAACUGAUGAUCAAGAUUAACCAAGACCCCCUGGGUAUUCAAGGACGCAAAAUUCUUCAGGAGAAAUCCCGCAUAGAGGUGUUCCUGCGACCAUUAUCACACUCAGCCAGUGCUCUGGUUUUCUUCAGCCGAAGGACAGACAUGCCAUAUCGCUACACCACUUCCCUCGCUCGGCUCAAUUUUACACAGGAUUUUGUGUAUGAGACCCAGGAUGUGUACACUGGUCAAAUCAUCAGUGGCCUGAAGGCUGCUGACAACUUCACCAUUGUGGUUAAUCCCUCUGGAGUAGUCAUGUGGUAUCUCUACCCAACAAUGCAUUUAGACCAGCCUUUCAGCUUUAUGAAACAGCAGCCUGAAGACAAGAAAGUCCAUCCCUUUACCCUGUGAUCUUAAAAGACCAAACCACCAGGAGGCAGUGUUCCCCCUUGAUUUCUCUGUUCGUGCCUGAAACUUGGUGGAAAAGAGAGAAGUGGUGACUUUACACAGUUAGUGUGAAGUCUGAGAUGAUGCAUCACACCUACCUCCUAGAGCUGCAGGGAAAUUCUAUUGAAUGAUUGCAUGGAUUCAUUGGGAAGCAAACAUUGCUAAGAUUGUGGUCCUAUACUCACCCAGGAAUAAGUCCCAUUGGACUUAGAGGAUUGCAAUCUUAAAAAGGACCAAAGGCUAUGAAAGCAUUC